AUGAGAGAUGUUUUCAACAAAUUUGUGGAGAAAGACAGCAAAUGGAAACCGGAAAGCCAUGGCAGCGACAUCAAAUGCAUCCUAAGUUUGUACGAGGCAGCUCAUGUCCGAAUUCGCAACGAAAAAAUAUUAGACGAAGCUGCAAAAUUCACAGUGGAUCAAUUGAAUCAAAUGCUAUCAUCAUUAGAUCAGUCUCCCAUUGUGAAAGAGAAAGUGCAGCAAGCUUUGAAGCACUCCAUUCAUAGAGGCCUUCCAAUAUUAAAUAUCCGAUUCUACAUUUCCAUCUAUGAAAGAGAAGGAACAACCGAUGAAUUACUUCUUAAAUUAGCCAAACUCAAUUUCAAUUUCUUGCAGAAUAUCUACAAGAAAGAGUUGGUUGAACUCACAAGGUGGUGGGAUAAAUUUGACCUAAAGAACAAACUGCCAUAUGCAAGAGACAGAGUUGUGGAGUUUUAUCUUUGGGGCAAUGCGUUUCGCUACGAACCUCAAUACUCUUACAUUCGAGUAAUUGUUGCAAAAAACAUGCAACUUGUUUUGAUUAUGGAUGACACCUAUGAUAAUUAUGCUACAAUUGAGGAGAAUGAUCUUUUCACCGAGAUUCUCGAGAGGUGGAAUUUGGAUGAGAUUGAUGUGCUCCCUGAUUUCAUGAAAGUUGUUUAUAGAUUCAUUAUGAGUACAUAUGAAGAUUUAUUGGUUGAUGCGGAAAAGCAAGGAAAAUCCUUCGUUGUCCCUUACUACAGAGAAGCAGAAAGGAUUAAUUACUAG